AUGUCAGAAGCCAAAUCCCACGAGCUUUUCCAGGAGCCGGCCCCAAGCGGGUCGCCCGGCCCCACCACGGCGCAAGACUCCGACAGCCCCAGCGACGCCGGGGAGGCACCGGCCACCGCCAAGGCAGGCAAUGAGAAACCCUCCGACAUUGUUCACGCUCUCGAGAUCGAGCACGGCAUCAAGGAGAAGGCCCUCAUUCGGAAGAUUGACUACAAGCUGUUACCAGCCCUCGGUCUUCUUUACCUCCUGUCCUUCCUUGAUCGCUCCAAUGCGAUCUUGGCAUCUGUAAGUGAAAUCGUUACCCUCACUGUCGGCAGCUUUCAUACUGACAGCAGAACAGCCGGGAACGAAUAUCUCACAGGUUUGACCAUGUACUUCAUUGGUUAUGUCAUUUUCGAGAUUCCGGCGAACAUUGUGCUCAAGAGGACAUCUCCUCAAUUCUGGCUGCCUACUCUCUGUGUCGCAUGGGGCAUCGUGGCCACUCUCCUGGGCAUAGUCCACAACUUGGCUGGCUUCCUCUCCGCUCGCUUCUUCCUGGGAGUGGCAGAGGCAGGCUAUUUCCCUGCCGUGGUCUACAUUCUGUCGAUGUACUACAAACGCGAUGAGCGACAGUACCGCAUCUCCCUGUUUUUCAGCGCUGCCUCGCUGGCAGGCGCCUUUGGCGGCAUCCUCGCCUACGGAAUUGGCCGUAUGAGGGGAGUUGUGUGGGAAAACAGCUGGCGCUGGAUCUUCAUUCUUGAGGGUAUUGCAACCGUAGUGAUCGGCGUGGCCGCAUACUUCUUCGUCCAGAACUAUCCGGACACUGCUAAAUUCUUCACCGAGCCCGAGCGCAAGUUUGUCUACGCUCGAUUGGCGGCCGACUCGGACGCUACACACGCCGAACCAUUCACUUGGGCAGCAGUUCUGAGCGCUCUCAAGGACCCCAAAUGCUGGCUCUACGGCUUUGGCUUCCACACAAUGAGUCUACCUCUGUACACAUUCAGCCUCUUCCUUCCUACCAUCAUUCGCGAUUUGGGCUACUCGAGCUGGCGAGCUCAACUCUUGACUGUCCCGGUCUAUGCCUUUUCGUUCGCCACCACCCUGACUGUUGCCAUCUAUUCGGAGCGUCUCAAGCAGCGAGCCAUCUUCAUCGCUGGAUCUUCGUUCUUCGCUAUCAUCGGCUACAUCAUGCUGCUCGCCAACACGGACCCCACUGGACGGCCGGGGCUCUCGUACGCCGGCACGUUUUUUGCUGCCGGCGGCAUCUACCCCGCCACAGCUCUCGUGCUGUCUUGGCCUGCUAUCAACGUCUCUGGGCAGACCAAGCGAGCCAUUGGCAAUGCCAUGCAGAUCACGAUUGGAAACUGCGGCGCGAUCCUUGGAACCCAGCUCUACCGAGCCAACGACGGCCCUAGGUUCAUUGUCGGCCACUCCUUUGCCUUGGGCUAUCUCGCGGCUAAUAUUUUGGUUUGUGCCACUCUCCGCUUUAUCCUUAAGAGGGAGAACACGCGCCGUGAACAGAUCGCCAAGGAGGUCAAGGAGAUUGGCGAAUUGACGGAUUGGCCUGGUGACUCGGACCCCAGGUGGCGAUUCCAGUACUAA